AUGAUGGUGCACUGUGCCGGGUGCGAGCGGCCCAUCCUCGACCGCUUUCUGCUGAACGUGCUGGACCGCGCGUGGCACAUCAAAUGCGUUCAGUGCUGCGAGUGCAAGACCAAUCUUUCGGAGAAGUGCUUCUCGCGCGAGGGCAAGCUCUACUGCAAAAAUGACUUCUUCAGGCGCUUCGGCACCAAGUGUGCGGGCUGCGCACAAGGCAUCUCACCGAGCGACCUGGUGCGGAAGGCCCGCAGCAAAGUCUUCCACCUCAACUGCUUCACCUGCAUGGUCUGCAACAAGCAGCUGUCCACGGGCGAGGAGCUCUACGUCAUCGACGAGAACAAGUUCGUGUGCAAGGACGACUACCUGAGCUCAUCCAGCCUCAAGGAGGGCAGCCUCAACUCAGUGUCAUCCUGUACGGACCGCAGUUUGUCCCCGGACCUCCAGGACCCACUCCAGGACGACCCCAAGGAAACGGACAACUCGACUUCGUCCGACAAGGAGACAGCCAACAACGAGAACGAAGAGCAGAACUCCGGCACCAAGCGGCGCGGCCCGCGCACCACGAUCAAAGCCAAGCAGCUGGAGACGCUCAAGGCCGCCUUCGCCGCCACGCCCAAGCCUACGCGCCACAUUCGCGAGCAGCUGGCGCAGGAGACCGGCCUCAACAUGCGUGUCAUUCAGGUGUGGUUCCAGAACCGACGGUCCAAAGAACGCCGGAUGAAACAGCUGAGCGCCCUGGGCGCCCGGAGACACGCCUUCUUCCGGAGUCCUCGGCGCAUGCGUCCGCUGGGUGGCCGCUUGGACGAGUCUGAAAUGUUGGGGUCCACUCCGUACACCUACUACGGAGACUACCAAGGCGACUACUACGGGCCGGGAGGCAACUACGACUUCUUCGCGCAUGGCCCGCCUUCGCAGGCGCAGUCCCCGGCCGACUCGAGCUUCCUGGCCGCCUCCGGGCCCGGCUCGACGCCCCUGGGCGCGCUGGAGCCGCCGCUCGCAGGCCCGCACGCCGCCGACAACCCCAGGUUCACCGACAUGAUCUCGCACCCGGACACGCCGAGCCCGGAGCCGGGCCUGCCGGGCGCGCUGCACCCCAUGCCCGGCGAAGUCUUCAGCGGCGGGCCCAGCCCGCCCUUCCCCAUGAGCGGCACCAGCGGCUACAGCGGACCCCUGUCACACCCCAACCCCGAGCUCAAUGAGGCCGCCGUUUGGUAA